GCCAUUGUUGGUUUCUCUUCACCACAACAACCACGAACACGACCGGCAGCCAAAUGUCUGGCUCCAAAGCGAGGAGCCUGAGCUCGCUUUUCUGCUCCGGCAGCAGAGUCGCCGGUUCGAAGCCCCCUUCCUCCGCCUCAACCGACAACGAAACCUUAAAACAGGCCGUGUCCUCUCUUGGAACUUCCUCCAACUCUGCGUCACCUAAUUAUUCAUCUAAGUUUUCCAAGGGACGUCCGCGAACAAACAAGCUUUCAUCUUCAACUGAAUCUACGGCUCAUUUUGCAGCUGAAAUUUUGAAAUUGGAGGCAGAGUCUGCUUUAGAUUAUGGAAGGAGGCACCUGUCAAACCAAAUAUCUUCCAUUCUAUGUGGUGGUUCUUCAUUGCAUUCAAAUGUAUCUUUUGAUCAGGAUGAGGCCAAAAGAGAAAACUCACUUAAAGGUGUUUUGGAAAUACCAUGGUUUCCUAGCCCGUCAAUCAGUAUAGAUUCUAUGCAUCGGAAGGAGAUCUCACGUUGUAGAAAGCAGAAAUGGAUUUACAGCACUACUCAAGAAAGAAGUUUGAGCAAGCUGGUUACAAUGUGUGCAACAAAAUUGGGGGCGGAUGCUACAAUCAAGGUAUUUGGUAAACUUGGACGGGAAACUGGUGUAAAAGAGUAUAAUGCAUUAAUAAGGGUUUGCAUAGAAAAUGCCAGGGAAACAGAAGGUGAAGAAACUCGCCUACAACAGAUUCAUAAGGCAUAUCGGCUUCUCGAAUCAAUGAGGGAACAUGGAUUUCUUUUACAAGAAGAAACAUAUGGUCCCUUCCUUAUGUUUCUGAUUGACUUGGAGAUGGUGCAAGAUUUUGAAUUCUUUCGUGCAUUUAUCAUUGAUAACAACCCAGAAUCAGUUGCAAGAUUAGGUUACUAUGAGAUGUUGCUUUGGAUUAGAGUUGAUAAUGAUGACAAGGUACGGGGACUUUUUGACAAUAUGACAGUUUUUCACUGUAAUGACCACUUCAGUCUCAAAGAAAACUAUUUGUUGGCAUUAUGUGAAAGCAACAGGAAGGAUGACAUUCUGCAACUAUUAGAAAUUGUGGACAUAUCAAGAUUCUCAUCGACAGAGAACAUAGAGAAGGUCUUCAAUUCCUUGGGAAGGCUACUGUUGGAGCCUUUUGCAGAAAAAGUUAUUUUAGCAUUAAAAAGCCAUGGUACUGAAUCUGGAAAAAUCACAAACAUGAUCUAUCACUAUUCAAUUUGCAUGCCUAACUCAACGGUUGAAGCCGUAGUUUCAAAAAUCAGAAAUUUGCAUGCUAAGUUGGAGGUGUCUCCCUCUCCCGAGUUAAGUGAGAAGAUUAUUCAGUUUUGUAUUGAUUCGUCAGAGGUUCACAUGGCUCUGGAUAUGGUAGAAGACAUGUGUGAAACUGGUCUAAACAUUUCUCUACAGACUUUCCAUUCCAUUUUGCAUGCAUGUGAGGACAGUUGCAAUUAUAAUUUGGUCCAUCGAAUCUAUUCAGAGAUUCUCCGUAAUAAAUUGAAGCCAAAUAAUGAGACAUUCAGGAUUAUGGUAUCUCUUUGCACAAGGAUGAAAGAUUUUGAGAGUGCUUAUGGAUAUAUACAAGAUCUGAAGGAAAUGAAUUUGGUUCCCACUGCUAAUAUGUAUAACGCCAUAAUGGCAGGAUAUUUUAGAGAGAAAAACAUGCAAUCUGCUCUAUGGGUUCUUAAACACAUGAAAGACGCAGAUGUAAAUCCGGAUUCACAAACCUUCAGCUAUCUCAUAGCAAAUUGUGACUGUGAAGAAGACAUUGUUAAGUAUCACGAAGAACUUGAGAGAUCCGGAGUUCAAGUAACAAAGCAUGUGCUGAUGUCUCUUAUAUAUGCGUAUGCUGCUUGUGGACAGUUCGAUAAGGCAAAACAGGUAGUACUAUCCAAAGACAUACCCGUAAAGAGCCUUAAUGAGCUUAAAAGUGUGCUUGUGUCUUCUUUGGCUUCACGUGGUAGAAUUUCUGAUGCUAUUGCCUUAUUUGAGGAAGUCAAAGAAGCCAACUGCAUCCUGGAACCUAAGACAAUUGUUUGUCUUAUUGAGCAUCUCCAAGAAAGAGAAGGAUACUUGAAGAUGAUGCUUCAGCUUCUUGAGGAUUUAAAUGAUCCAAUUUACUGGACAGAAGGUUGCUGGAGAGUCAUAUUGCGUUGUGUUCAAUGCAAAGAGCUUAGUAUGGUGGUUGAUUUACUGAAACAGUUCAAGGAAAAGAUCCACGAUGAAAUUGCUUUGCAAGUUCUUUUCGAUGAGUCCUUCUGUGUAAUUGCGGAAGCAGAGGCAGUAGAUGUACAAUUUGGCAUUGAUUUACUUAAAGCUAUAAAGGAGAAAGUCGGGAUUGAACCUUCCAGAAAAGGCCUGGACUUUCUUCUUACUGCUUGCGCCAGGGCAAAGGAUUUGAAUGCAUGUCACUUAAUAUGGAAAGAGUACCCAAAAGCUGGUCUUCCUUACAACAUCUUAAGUUUCUUAAGGAUGUAUCAAGCCCUUCUGGCUUCAGGCGACCAGAAGGCCGCAGAAGAAAUUCUAAAGGGGGUACGAAAAGAUGAUCCGCAUGUUCGUCAAGUAAUUAUUGCAUGUCAAAAAACUUUUAGUAACAAUACCACCACCACAAUAUCGAAGGAGGAGGAGGAGAAGAAUAAAGAAGAAGCAGCAUGCUGCGAAGAGGGGGGUGGCGGCAUCAAUCCCAAAUUCACAAAGAAGAAAGAAGCGGCAUCAUUGCGAGGGAAUGUGAUGGACACAAAGAAGAAGAAGAAGAAGAAGAAGAUGAAGAAGAAGAAAGAGAAGGUAGUAUAGGGUGAUGGACACUUUGAAUAAAAAAGAAGAAGAGAAAGUUAACUUAAGAUUG